UCAGGGAACACAACUUCAAUACAAUGUAGACACCAAAAACCAAGAGAACCAGAGUGAAGAGCGAGCUGACAGAAGGAGGCGAGUACGAGGAGGAGGAAGAAGAAGCAGCUGUGGCGAGACGACACCGACGGAAGAUAAGAAGUGAAAGGAGUGGAGAAGAAAAGAGGGAAGCUGUGAAUCAUUGACUGAAGCUUUCUGUGUGUCACCCACUCACUCCUGUGAAGCGUUCACUCGCUCUCACGUCUCCGCCGGACUCGGAUCCCGACCUGAAGCUCUGAGACCUGAAGCUCUGAGGUCUGAAGCUCUGAGACCUGAAGCUCUGAGACCUGAAGCUCUCUGAGACCUGAAGCUCUCUGAGACCUGAAGCUCUGAGACCUGAAGCUCUGAGACCUGAAGCUCUCUGAGACCUGAAGCUCUGAGACCUGAAGCUCUGAGUCUGAAUCAGAGACUCAGCCACCAUGUGCCAUGUGAUCGUCACCUGCCGCUCCAUGCUGUGGACUCUGCUGAGUAUUGUGGCGGCGUUCGGAGAGCUCAUCGCCUUCAUGAGCACUGAUUGGCUGGUGGGAUACCCGCGCACCCCGGACGCCGUCUUCGGCUCCCACCACGGCGCCGCCACGGCCGGAGAGGCCUACCGGCCCACGCUGGGCAUCUACGGCCGCUGUAUUAAACUGCCACACCUGAAGAGAGGAAUACUGUGCGGGCCGUACGCGAUACACUUUGGGGAGAUUGCCAGCGGGUUCUGGCAGGCCACCUCUAUCUUCCUGGCGGCGGGGAUCCUGCUGCUGUGCGCCGUGGCGUUCAUCUCGGUCUUCACCAUGUGCUUCCAGAGCAUCAUGAAGAAGAGCAUCUUCAACGUGUGUGGGCUGCUGCAAGGCAUCGCAGGCCUGUUCCUGAUCCUGGGUCUGAUGCUGUACCCUGCUGGCUGGGGUUCAGAUAAGGUCCAGCUGUACUGUGGUCCUGAGGCGGCCCCGUACCGGGCCGGGCUCUGUUCCAUGGGCUGGGCCUUCUACACCGCCAUGGGCGGCACCGUGCUCACCUUCAUCUGCGCCGUCUUCUCCGCGCAGGCCGAGAUCGCCACCUCCAGCGACAAGGUGCAGGAGGAGAUCGAGGAGGGGAAGAGCCUCAUCUGCCUCCUCUGAGCCAGAAACUCUAGUCCUGAUCAGAGUGAGGAGGAGGAGGAGACCUUCCUCUCUGCCUGUGAAGUGAAGGCGCUGCCUUGUUUACCACUAGAACUGAUCUCUGUUUGUUUGUUUGUUUGUCUCUGUUUGUGUUUCUGUGGGAGAAAUCUAAAGUGCCAAGUGUUUCUCAGUGUUUGUCUUCAGCCACUAGAGGAGCUGUCCUCUCUCACAUGUCCUGUAAAUAAGUGUGAUUAUAUAUAUUUUGUACAUAGUUAUGAUCGCAGAAUGAUUGGUCAGCUUGAUCCGGGCCGGGCUGAUGAUGAUGAUGAUGAUGAUGAUGUCACUCUUGCCUUAAACACUGGUGUUUGUGCCACCAGAGCGCGGCCAGCUCACCUGGAUCAGUUCUGACCUGUUUGUGUGAGUGUUAACUCAACAAGGGAACCACUACUCAGUCUGAUAAACUCCUCAGAACAAACAAACGGAGUGGAAGUCCUCUAAUGUCCUCUAAAGCUGACAGAAUGUACUGCAGACCCUGGAAAUGUAUCGAUGGAAACUUUUAUUCUCAGACGGACGAGGACGAGCUGGGUCAUGGUGUUUCCUUUCAUCGUCUGUUCUGCAAAAAUGAAGUGAAUCCUCACCGGAGCUGAGAGAAACGACCUGUGGAGGUCCUGGUCCCCAGACAUCCUGUAAACACACAUGCACACACACACACACACACACACACACACACACACACACAGUAUUGCUGUUGUUAGUGAUGUCUGGUUUCAGGGAGUCAGAGAUAGUGUCCUAUCUGUUCCCAUUUGUUUCUGCCAAAUGAAUAAAGAGAAGGGAGAAAAACUAAA